AUGAGUAAUCAUUGCGACUUCCCACCAGCAACUGUCUCGUUUUUGGAUACUGAUCUUUAUAAGAUCACCAUGCAUGCGGCCAUCCAUAAGAACUUCCCAGAAAUCGAGGUCUGUUACAAGUACACCAACAGAACCCCGUCGAUGAAACUUAACCAGGCCGCCAUCGAAUGGUUGAAAGUCCAGAUUGGUCACUUGGGACAAUUGCAAUUCACUGCCGAGGAAAUCGAGUACUUAAAAUCCGAAUUGGCAUACUUGCCACAGGAAUACUUCGAGUAUAUCAAGACUUUCAAACUCUAUCCUGAACAACAAAUCAUCAUUAUUCAUGCUACCGAUGAUGAUUUCCAGCUCGAGGUCAAGGGUAAAUGGGUCGAUACCAUCUUUUAUGAGAUUCUUUUGUUAUCAUUGAUCUCCGAAGCAUAUUUUAAGUACGUUGAUGUUGAUUGGGAUGUCAAUGGUCAAUACGAAUUGGCCACUUCCAAGAUUUCCCAACUCUUUGCCCACGGAAUCCCAUUCUCGGAGUUCGGCACCAGAAGAAGAAGAUCAUUCGAUACCCAGGAGAUUGUGGUGCGAGCUUUUGUGGAUUAUGCCAAUCUUCCAGAAAACCGAUCCAAGAAGAAUCUUUUAAUCGGUACCUCCAACGUAUUGUUGGCAAAGAAGUACGGGUUAAGGCCUAUCGGUACCGUGGCGCACGAGUGGAUGAUGGGGGUCGCCGCUAUCACCCAAGACUACCCUAAUGCCAAUAAACAUGCCAUGGAUUACUGGAUCAAGACCGUUGGAGAGUCCCAUGCUGGAUUAGCAUUGACAGACACUUUUGGUACUGACGCGUUUCUCAGAAGUUUCGUCCCACCGUAUUCUGAUUGUUACGUGGGGUUCCGCCAAGAUUCUGGCGAUCCGUUGGCGUACACCGACAAAGUAGCACGCCAUGUAUUUGAGGUAUUGAAGUUACCACAAUUCAGCAAGAGUAUCUGUUUCAGUGACUCGUUGAAUAUUGAGAAGUGCAUCAAAUACUUUGAUUACGCGAAGGCCAAAGGGUUCAAUAGCAAUUUUGGGAUCGGAACAAACUUCACCAAUGAUUUCAAGUAUAACAAGGCGCCAUAUGACAAAAGUCCACCUUUAAAUAUUGUCAUCAAGUUGAAGGAAGUGAAUGGCAAACCUGCCAUCAAGAUCAGUGAUAACUUGGGCAAGAACAUGGGUGAUGCAAAUACAGUCAAACAAGUCAAGGAAAUUUUGGGAUAUAAGGAAAAUGAAUGGAGAGAAGGAGACGAAUCUAAAAGAUGGACUUGA